GCGACGCAGGAUGACUACUACCUUAUCACUGGUGAUUGUGUGCGCUCUGGUGGUGCUAGCGUUGGCGUCAAAGACGGAGCGGGCGGUGCAGCUCCCCUGCGACUCCGGCCAGUUCACCACCACUGGAGAAUGCUGCCAGGAGUGUCCACCCGGAGAGGGAGUGGUGAAGAAAUGCGGCGCCACGCAGACCGUCUGCUCCCAGUGUUUGGACAGUGAGACCUUCUCAGAGAACUACAGUGUCACGGAGCAGUGUCGGCCCUGCACCGAGUGCACCGGCCUGAUGCGGAUGGAGACGCCCUGCACAGACUCCAACGACGCCAUCUGCGUCUGCAACUACAACUUUUUCUUCGACUCGAUGUCUAACGAGUGCGAGCCGUGCACGGUGUGCCCGGUGGGCCAGGGUGUGUUCUCGCACUGUGACCACAAUCACGACACCGCGUGUGAGGAGUGCGUAGACGAUACUUACUCCGACCGGGAAAGCUCCCUCGACCCCUGUCUGCCCUGCACCAUCUGUGAUGAGGAUAGUGAGAUACAGCUGGCUGUGUGCACACCGAACAGCGACUCUGCCUGUCACGAUCCUCUCCUCCCAACAUAUUUCUCUCCCACCUCCGACAUGGGCCCGUCUCCACCCUCCUUCACCAAUUACUUCCUCCCCGAUGGCUCGGACAGCCCGUUGCCCGGAGAGACGACAACGUCCAGCGCCGGCUCUCCACGCUUCCUAGGCCAUGGGCUCAACGAAAACCUCAUCCCCAUCUACUGCUCCAUCCUGGCCGCCGUGGUGGUUGGCCUUGUGGCCUACAUCGUUUUUAAGAGGUGGAACAGCUGCAAGCAGAACAAGCAGGCAGCUAACAACCGAGCGGCUACAAACAACCAGAUGGUGACGCCGGAGGGAGAGAAGCUACACAGCGACAGCGGCAUCUCGGUGGACAGUCAGAGUCUGCAGGAGCAGCAGCAGCAGCAGCAGCAGGCCCAGGCUGAAGUCCAGGCUCAGCCUUCACACUCACGCACACAGGAACAGAUUGUGGUGAGGGUGGAUGGCGGCCCCCAGCCGGACACGCCUCCCCCUGAAGUCUGAGGAGGAGAAGGAAGAAGAGGAGGCGUAAGACCUGAAGACAGGGAGAGGAGAGUGAAGACUUGAACCGUGGACCAAAAAAGAAAGCCUUUUGGAGGGGAGGGGGAUUCACAUCUGAAGUGACCACAGAACAAAGACUUGUAUGGACCCCCCCCAGCACCUUUGGGCCACAAUGUGACUCUUCAUCCCUGCUUAUAGAGUUCAACUCUAUCGAUCAGCGUGUGCCUGGACACGACCUCUACGGCGAUAUCAACCUCUAUCUGUACCAACGUCGCUGCAGAUACAUAAUCAUAGAUAUAUGCCAGUGCAUCUCGUAUUAACGGACUAUUCCAGUAUCUAAUAUCGACACGAUUCUCCCUAACUGCCAAUUUAGUUUUCAGCGUUACAUUUCCACCAUUAAUUCCAUAAUCACUAGCCGUGAAAUAUAUGUACCCGAAAGGUAAAUAGGCAGAAAGGUUCCUCAUCAUCUCCUCUUUCUUUUCCCUUUUGAAUCAGAAGGGACCUUCCUCCUCAUCUUCCUCUGUGGCGUCCAACUCUCAGAUAAUCCUCCGUCUCUCUCCAGAGGAUUCACUCUAUUAGCCCCCCGCCGUCAUCUGCGAUACAGAAAAAAAGCAGUGGGUGAGCCGUGCGUC